AUGCCCGAAAUCUCCCGCACCUACAACAACCCCCUAGCCUCCCACCAAGCCCGCCACCACCACGACUUGCGCGGCACCGACGGCGGCCCUACUUCCUCACAGCCGGGCGGUGCAGAAUCUGAGCCUUCAGGCGGCGAGACGCGCGCCGAGCACGAGGCUAAUAAGCCUAAGCACCCCGUUGACGAAGCUUUGCGGCCUGCGCAUGUGCUGGGUGGGGAGAAGAAUAUGGGGGCUCCUGAAAUACUUGAUGUUAAGGGGGGGAAAGAGGGGGGAGGUUUGCAGGGGAAAGGACUGAAGGGGACGUUGGAUAGGAUGAUGGGUGGCCGAAGCAACCAAAUCAAGGACUUGUCUACAUCGAUGCCAACGACACCGCUGCUCGAAGAACCCCCGGAGACAUUUACUCUGUCCGGAGCAGCUCAUGGGAAAAAGAAGAAAAAAUUGCAAGGCGACGUAUAA